AUGAGUAUAGCCCUUCCUACAAGAGAAAUUGUGAAAUGUAGAACCUUAUACAGAAAUUGCCCUAUCAUGUUAGAGGAAAUAGAAUUUGUAGCUGACCUAAUAGCUUUUGACCUAUCUGGUUUUGAUGUGAUUUUGGGAAUGAACUGGUUGACGAAGCAUGAGGCUAGCAUUAAUUUUUUGAGGCAGAGUGUGACCCUUACAACACCAAAUGGUGAUAGGAUUUCGUUCCAAAAAUUAGGGAGAAAACCGACGAUUCAAAUUGUCUCUGCUUUGAGAGCUCAUAAAAUGAUUAAGAGUGGAUUUACUAGCUAUAUUUGUAGUGUGGUUGACCUUAAUACUCCCGAACCAUCCAUUACCGACAUACCCAUUGUCUGUGAAUACCCAGAUGUUUUUCCCGAGGAGAUACCUGAUAUUCCCCCACCAAGAGAGUUAGCCUUCAAUAUUGAACUUAUUCCAGGAUCCACCCCUAUUUCUAAGGCACCAUAUAGGAUGGCACCAGCUGACUUACAAGAGUUGAAGAAACAAUUAGAUGAAUUACUUGAAAAAGGGUAUUUACGACCGAGUGUUUCACCUUGA